ACCGGCCACCUAGCAACACUCACCUAUCGCAGUGAAGGGGUGAUCGGGUUUGGGGUUGGCGUAGUCGAUGCGGAGUUUUCCCCACAUGUAUGUCCCAGCGGUCGGUGGGAGAGUGGAACUAAAGAGUGUGGGGAUACUUUAGACUGGAAAACGUUUCCAUUUGGGUCUAAACUGACCAGAAACGAUGGACUCGCUGUUGUAUUUAGCCGGCUUGGUCGUAUUGUUCCUGUUGUGGAUCAAAGUCAAAGGUCUAGAUUACGUGAUCGUUCACCAGCGGUGGAUAUUUGUGUGUUUGUUUCUGCUUCCGCUCUCCGUUAUAUUUGAUGUGUAUUAUUAUGUGCGUGCGUGGCUCAUAUUCAAGAUGUGCUCUGCGCCCAAACUGCACGACCAGCGCGUGCGAGACAUCCAGCGACAGGUGCGUGAGUGGAGGAAGGCCGGCAGUAAGACCCACAUGUGUACGGGGCGUCCCGGCUGGCUCACCGUGUCUCUCAGAGUGGGGAAAUACAAGAAAACCCACAAAAACAUCAUGAUCAACAUGAUGGACAUUCUGGAGGUGGACACAAAGAGACAGGUGGUGAGAGUAGAACCGCUGGCCAACAUGGGUCAGGUGACCGCUCUCCUCACCUCUAUUGGCUGGACGCUGCCUGUGCUGCCCGAGCUCGAUGACCUCACUGUGGGUGGUUUGGUGAUGGGUACAGGUAUUGAGUCAUCCUCUCACAUUUACGGGCUGUUUCAGCACAUCUGUGUCGCAUUUGAACUGGUCCUAGCUGAUGGCAGCUUAGUACGCUGCACUGAGGAAGAGAACCCGGACCUGUUCCAUGCCGUCCCCUGGUCCUGUGGAACUCUGGGGUUCCUGGUCGCAGCAGAGAUUAAAAUAAUCCCCGCUAAACCCUGGGUGAAGCUGCGCUAUGAGCCGGUCAGAGGGCUGGAGAACAUCUGCAAACGGUUCACUGACCAAGUCCCAAGAAACAGAGAAAGACUGCAGAUCCUCACAAUGAGUGACUGAAAUCAGCAAAUGUUUGGCUUAAUAAAUUACUUGACUUAUUAAAAUAACUAAUUAAUUGUUUCAGCACUAGUAAGAACACAAUGCAUCACUGAAAGCCGUUUUGCCAUAGUCGUUUAACCCGUUUGUGUACGUCUUUGUGUAUAUUUGUGUCCUUUCUACAGGAUAUUAUUCCUUUCGGGAACAACCCAAUAUUUCGUUGGCUCUUUGGAUGGAUGGUUCCUCCAAAGAUCUCACUGUUGAAGCUCACCCAGGGAGAGACCAUCAGGCGGCUUUAUGAACAGCACCACGUAGUCCAGGACAUGCUGGUACCCAUGAAGAAUCUGCAGGAUGCCAUCACGCGCUUCCACCAGGACAUCGAC